AUUGUUUCUCUCAAUACAGGGUAUGGUGGAUACUAUUUCUGAAUUGAAAAACACACAAAAGAAAGCCAAAAAAAAGAAGAAGGUGUCUCACAGUGAUCUUACAGUCGAGGAGUUUACAAAAAUGAUGGAUGAAUUCAUGGAUAAUGGCACACCAGCUGGCAUUUUGACAGUUCUACCACAUUACAGCAUGAACUUCAUUCCUCUUGAGCUGAGAGUAACUCUUCCAGAACCUAUGUCUUCAUUAUUUUCUUUGGAGCUUAAAGGAAAACCUUUGAAUGUGCUGCUAUUGGAGUCUGAACGAAAUUUUCACAAAUAUUCUGUUUCAGAAGAACAAGUUUCAUCCAUCGAACAAUUAACUAGAAAACAGAGUAAAAGUGAAAAUUGGAACAAAUAUCGUCGUGCCCGAGUAACAGCAAGUAUGGUGAAAUCUGUUGUGUCCACAAAAAUUGAUAAUCCAGCCAAAACCACUGUGAUGAAGAGCUACUACCCGAUGAUAAACACAUUCACAACUGAAGCUACCAAAUGGGGAGUGCAAAAUGAAAAGAAAGCACUGAAGAGUUGGAAGAAACUAAUGGAACAACGAUCGUGGCACACUGGAUUUACCAUAUCGGACGCUGGCCUCACAAUAUCGACAGAUUUCCCAUUUCUGGCUGCAUCACCAGACGCUCAUUUCAAUUGUCCUUGCCAUGGAAAAGCGGUUGUUGAAGUAAAGUGCCCCUUUAAACACGCAAAUUCUGUCAUAAGAGACGCCGCAUUGCAAGAUCUUGAGUUUUGUCUUUCAUUAAACCAAAAUGGCCAACUCUAUAUGAAAAGGAAUCAUGCAUAUUAUCACCAGGUGCAGUUUCAAAUGCUUGUGUGCAGAGUUAAUAUUUGUUUUUUUAUUGUCUACACUAAGGUGGAUCUAGUCGCGGUACGAAUUCGUUAUGAUGAAAAAUUUUGUGAUAGCAUUCUACCGAAGUGUAAAUUAUUUGCUCUCAAUGUGUUAAUGCCGGAAUUGAUAGGGAAAUACUUUACGGGGACUCGCUACAAACAACAGCCUGUGGUUACACAGAUACCGGUUCAAUCUGAAAAAAACCUUAACUGUUGUGCAUCCCUUGAAGGACAUAACCCGUGGUCAAAAUGUUUCCAAACAAAAUGUGCUCUCGGAACCACAAAAUAACAAACUGUCUAAGUCAAUUGUGAAUUCAAAUGCAGUCAUUCCAAAUGAUCUCAACCAAGUUAAUCAUAUUCCAAUCCACGAUAGCGAGGCCAAUAACUCAUCCAUGUAUAGUCCUUGUUUCUGUAAUGUUGUUAGGUUGAACGAAGAUAUGAUUAUUUGCAAUAACAUAUCAUGUCGUGUGCGUGAAUAUCACAAAUGUUGUCUACUUAAAUUAGGGAAGAAAAGGUUUUGUGAGAACUGGAAAUGUGAUACGUGUAAAAAAGCUGCAAAGAAAUCUGUUGUCAAGAAACCGUUGAGGAAAAUCAAUUGAUUGUAUUGAAAGAAACGUGGAAAUU